AGUGAUAAGGGCAACACAGCAGAGGAAGGGGAGGAAGCUCAUGUCCAGCCCUGCUCUGGCAGUGGGGGACAGAGGGCCGACUCCUUAGGGACACACCAGAGCCCUCCCACUUUGUCUUGGAAAACAGCUCCUCUGGCUGUUCCAGCCAGGGGCUCUGUCCAGAUCUGUCCCAGAAGCUAGGAGCUGGCCAAGCUGGAAAUCCCCAGUAAGCAAGUCACAGGGGCAGGGAGAGUAAGGUAAUAUCAGGCUGGAGUUUUGAGAGACAAAGAUGGUCGCUGUGAGGAAGUGAAAAGACAGUGGAUCACUGCUGAGCCGGGGACUAGCCCUGGCUGGACUGCAGGUGAAGCCCCAGAGGUUUGGUUAGACUGAUUAGGGAGAUGCAGCUAGGCUCCAACCACUAACUAGGUCAGGGAGACUUCUCCGGGGGGAGCUGACGCCUUAAAUAACACUUAACAGCAUUUGUUGAACUCUUAGGUGUCCUGGGCCCUGCGCCAGGCAUUUUACAAGUGUUACCUCAUCCAACACCAAGAGCUCUGUUUGUCUUGGGAAGCACAUGUCACAUGCCAGGCCCUGGAUUCUAAACUGAUGCUCUUGUAGAAUCCUCAUGACAGCUUGUGUGCCCGGUACUAUUUUUGUAAUUGUCCUCAACUUGCAGAUGAGGAAACAGAGACAUAGUCAUUUAAGCCCCAUGGUUUGCAGCUGGCCUGGCACUAUCAUUGGUACUUUUUGUUGUCAUAUGUUUUUACUUUCACUGUUUUCUUAGGUAUAAUUUAUAUAUAGCCAAGUGUGUAGCUCCAUGAGUUUUUGUGUGUGUAUACACCCAUGUAGCUGAAAUCUAGAUCAAGAUCUAGACCAUUUCCAGCUCCUAAGGUAGUCCCCUUGUGCCCCUUCCCAGUCAAUUCCCCUCCACUGUUUGAACUUCUACUGCAUUAGCACUGUCUAUUCUUGAUUGUAUUUUAUGGCUGGCUUCUUUCCUUCAACAUAAGUAUCUUCAAGUUUCUUCCAUGUGUCAGGUGUAGCAAUGUUCGUACUUUCUGUUUUAUUGCUGAGCCGCAUUCUAUUCAUGAAAGCAUCACAGUUUGAUUGUCCAUUCUCCAGCUGAUGGAUAUUUGGGAUGUUUCCAGUUCUUUUCUAUUUUGACCAGAGCCACUGUGGACACUCACACACGUCUUCCAGGGUACGUGUUCACCAUGUCUCCUAGGUCUUUACUGAGGAGUGGAAAUGUUCGGUUUUGCAGUUUGUAGCCUCGGCUCCUAAUCUCUGCACCACGCUGACCCAGACAGGCAGUGUUAUUAUCUCAUUUCACAGAGGGGAAAGUUGAACCUGAGUGAGAUUGAGUGACUUAUGAGGGGACUUGGUAGCAUGGGGCUGAGCUUCGGAACUUGACCCAGAGCCGGGUAGCUGUUCCAGUGAUUGGUGUGAGGGCUUUGACCCGCUGCUGGCUUUGAUCAAAACCUUGGUGGCUGACCCACAGCUUGGAGCUUGAUCCUUUCCUGGGGACUCAAAUCCUAUUGGAAAACCCUUUUGACCUUACUAUUCUUUGAAGACAUGAAGAAUGAGAAGGUCCUUUUUCAAUUUAUUGGACUGGAGGUGUGGCAGCAAUAGGAUGAAAGGCGAGGGGCAGGAGUGAGCAGGUGUAGCAAGUAAAAACCCAAUUCCACUCAGGAAGAUGGGGCAGGACCACAUUUGGGUUGAUAAUAUCUGCCAAGUUCAGGGUUUUCCCUCAGUGCGAUUUUAGUGUUUUUGCAGCACAACAACCAGAGGGCUGUGGAAUUCAUCCCUACCCUCUGACCAAACACAGGAAAACCCACCUCUGAUUUAGGAAUCAUAGUUUUGAAUUUUCAGGCUGUCAGCCUCAUAUAUCAUGAAACAGGAGUCCUGAGAUCUCCGACUUUUACACCACUCAGCUUGUUGUGUCUCCCUUCUCUCAUCAGCAUACUGAUCUCCUUGGGAGGCUCUGAAUUUGUUUGCUCCAGCAAGGUUUCCUUUUCCCUGCAUUCCCGCAAGGUGUACGUGUUGUCAUUGAAGUGGUAUCUCAUUCUUCUCUGAUUGUGUCUGUCCCUGACUAUUCAGGUGACAUAUCUUGCCACAUGUUUAUUAGUGGAUCUGCUCUACUGCAAAGGUCCUAAACUGGCAAUGACUUUGCUCCCUUCCCCUUGGGGACAUGUGGCAAUGUCUGCUGACAUUUUUGGGUGUCACAACUCUUGGGGGUGUGUGCGUGCUGCUGACAUCUACUGAGAAGAGACUAGACAUGCUACUAACCAUUCCACAAAACUCAGGAUGGCCCCCACAGCAAGGGAUUAUCAGGCCCCAAGUGUCAAUAGUGCUGGUGCUGAGAAAGCCUGCUCCACUGUGAAUUGCUGGCAAGAAAAUUAAUUUAGAGAUGCUCUUGACAUAUGAGAGGCUUUAGCCCUUUGUCUGUCAUCUGCAUUGCAAAUAUUCCCGAAAUCUGUCAGUGUUUAGUUUUGUUUCUAUCUUUUGUCACACAUGCAAAAAUUAAUGUAGUCAGGUAUAUCUUUAAUUUUUAUUAUAGCCUCUGAGUUUCUUUGUAUGGUUGAGGUCCCCUCAACCCUUGUUUGGUACAUAUGGUUUCUUAUUUUUACUUCUAGAGAGGUUUCUAUUGUUCUAGUCAUUUUACUGGGCCUUAAUCCAUCUGGAAUUGGGUUUUGUGAAUGGUGGGACAUAAGGGGCCAAAUAUAUUUUUUUACAGGUGGAGAAGCAGUUGCGAUUUUGCUGUAUCUUUCCACUGAAUUAAAAUCCCACUUCUGUCAUAUAUUAACUUCACACACAUUUCUGGGCUCCCUCUUCUUUUCCAAUGAUACUUGCCAAUCUUGGGUUAAUGCCCUCAGACCUUCAUUACAUGGCUUUGCAGUAUAUCAUACCACAAAAGGCAGUUGUCACCUCUAUUCUUUUUAUCCCUCCUUAAGUAAUUUUUUGGUCAAUUUUAAACAUUCAUUCUUCCUUCUUAGGUCCCAAAAUAAAGGGAAGACUCCUCCCUUCCAAGGUGGGCUGUAUGCCCUGCUUUCUGGGUUUGUAGCACAGUGCAUUUCCCUUUGUGCUGCUGAUCAGGACUGUCAUUAGAUAGCCACUGGCUGCCAGGGCCGCUUGCUCUGCGCCUCGCUCCCAGCAGGGGCCUGGUUCCUAGCAUGUGGCUGGUACUUGUUAGGUAUUGGCUGAAUGAAUGAAUAAGUAGAUGAUACACUUUUUUUUUUAACAUGAAAACUAGCCUUAUCUCUUGUGUUGUUUUGGGCCCAAGGCACUCAGAGAUUGGUUUAGUCUUGUCACUGCCACUGUGUGGCCUUGGACAGUUGCUUCUCUCUGCUGCCUCAGUUUUCUUACUUGUCUGUCCAACUGGGCCUGAUGAGCCCUGAGCUCCUCCCACUCUCACACACUGAGGCUGGGCCUGUGGGCCAGGAAGAGCUCUUGGGGGAAGAACCGCAGAAAGAGGAGCACCAGCUGACUGGUCACAGUGGGCACACUGCCUGUGGCCCCCGUUCUUUCAGGGACCUAUGAAAAUGUUCCAGUUUCUUUUAAAAUCAGAAUAAAAAAUGAACUUUUAGGCAGAAGAAAAUGUUUUUGAAUAUAACAAUGUACUUGCAUAUAACCUUAUAUGCAAUAACAGUAUACUUUAAUAUAUAACAAUAUACCAAUGCAGUCAUAAAAUGUAAUUACAAUUAUUUUUUAGUGGAGGAAGGGGAUCCAUGAAGGCAAGAGUGCCAAGGACCCAUGGAAGUCAUAAGGUGGCCCUGCUAAACACAACCCAGAUGAGUGAGAUGAAACUGGUAUUGGGAGCACAACAGGCCCAGGCAGAGUAGGGGAAAUGAAGGAAAGCAGCCAUUUGCCUGGGUAUUGCCAGAGAUAAGAACAUGCACAGACUGAAUAGGGUGUAGGAGCCCUUUUGUGCCCUGGGCUGUGUCCUGAGCAAACCCAGAUGUGAGCAGGCACAACUGAUCCAAAAGUACGGCAGCUAGACAGGCCUGGGUUCUGGGCCUGGCUACUCCUCAUGCUACUUACCUGUGUGACCUUAGGCUAGUCACUUCACCUCUGGGAAACCCAGACCCCUCAUUUGGAAAACAGUAGCAAUAACACCUUCUUUGUAGGACUGUUUGUUCAUUCAUGCAGUCACUUGGCUUAUUUGUGGUGCUUCUACAGUAUUCCAGGCCCUGUGCUAGGUGCUGAGUACCUACAACGGUGUGCCCCACCACACCUCGCCCAGGGCCUGGCACCGAGCAGGUCCUCACUAAACAUUUGUUCAAUGAAUACUUGGAAAAGAGGCCCAGAUGGGGGAGGAGGUUCCAAAUAUAAGUAAGUGAAUAUAUAUAUAUAAUGCACAGAUGAUGAUAAACAUAAACAUAUACCUAUAUCAAAUGUAACAUGGAAUUCUAAAGAAAAUAAGGUGCCGGGAAGGAAAAGAACAGGGCACAGUGACAAAAUGACUGGGCAUGCGGAGCAGGGCAAGACAGCAUCUGCUCCGAAGUAGUGUUCCAGGUGGCCUUCUCUGAGGAGGUGGCAUUGCAGCGGAGCCUGGAGAGGAAGGGUGAGCGACUCAUGGGACCAGCCCCCUCCGCGCCCUCGCUUGCAGGCGUCCAGCCGGCGCUCUGGAGCAGGGAGGAUGUGCUGCACUGGCUGCGCUGGGCCGAGCAGGAGUACUCUCUGCAGCGCACCGGGGAGCGCGGCUUUGAGAUGAAUGGCCGAGCCCUCUGCAUCCUCACCAAGGACGACUUCCGGCUCCGCGCGCCCGAUUCAGGUGACGUCCUGUAUGAGCUGCUCCGGUACAUCAGGACCCAGCGGCAAGCCCUGGUGUGCGGGCCCUUCUUUGGAGGGGCCUUCAGGCCGAAGAUGCCCACUCAGCGCUGCCCCUGCCCCCUGGAAGCAAAGAGCUGUUGGUAUGCUGCCUCUACUCCCUCUGCUCGGAUCUUUCCAAAGAAGCCCUUCUUGUCAGGGUCUCCGGGGACCCGAACAGGGAUGUGCAUGUCCGCUCUCAGUGUCACUGGCAUGACCUCUCAGCCUGCAGCCCAGUGGGCCAUCCUCCCUCCCCCUGAACUCCUCCCUUGGCUUCUAGAACACCCCACCACCACUCCUUCUCAGUGUCCUGGUUUUUCUCCUCCCCUACUUCUAAACGUUGGGGAACCGCAGGACUCAGGGUCCUCUUCUCUAUCUGCAUUCAGGCCUGAAUAAUCUCAUCUACUCUUGGGUGUUAAAUACUGUGUAUUGCCGAUGACUCCCGUACAUACCUGGACCUCUCUGAAUUGCGGACUCAUGAACCCCGCACUCCUACCCAACCUCCACUGGGAUGUCUAACAGCACUUCGACCCAAAAGCUCCUAAAGCAAUCACCUGCUUCCUGUCUCCACCCCAACCCUACUCCUCUCCCAGCCUCUCUUCUCAGCACACUGCUCCAUCUUUCCAGUUGCUCUGGCCAAAACAUUGGACGUCAUCUCUGAUUGUUCUUCCUCUUCCACCCUCAUCCCGGUCCCAAAUCUUGUUGACUCUACCUUCAAAAUCUCCAGAAUCCUACCACUUCAUGCAGCUCCCCUGUUGUCCGUGGGCCAGCCCCCAUCACCUUUAGAGAGCCUCCUCCCAGGUCUUCUUGCUUCCGUUCUUGACAUCCUGUGAUCUAUUCUUAGCAGAGCAGCCAGAGAGAGUCACAGAUCAGGCCAUGUCAUUUCUCUCCUCAAAAACCUUCCAGUGGCUCUGGUCUCACUCAGUGUCAAAGCACAUUUCUUACCUGACCCCUAUGAUUUCUCCUAUCCUCUUCCACCCCUAUGCUCCUUGAUCAGGCAGCUCCAAAUACACUAGCCUCUUUGUUCAUUGGACAAGCCACAGACACUCCUGCCUCAGGGCCUUUGCACUUGCUGUUCCCUCUGCCUGGCAUUCCCUUCUCUAGAUACCCAUGUAGCUCAUUCCUCUACCUUUCCUCAGGUCUCCAUUCAAAUGUUAACACGUCAGUGAGUCCUUCCCUGGCCAAUUAGUGCAUGCAUAUACCCAGGAUUCCCAAUUUGCCUUACAGUGUUUUAUUCCCUCCUGCCCCUAUUAUAUACUGUUUCUAUUUCCUUUUUUAUUGUAGUCAUCUACCUCCCUCAGCCUCACCCCCCAAACAGAACAAUGCCUGGCUCAUAGAACAUUCUCAAUAAAUAUUUAUUUGGCAGAUGGAGAGUACAUUGGACUGAGAAACAGGGCACCUGGGUCCUGGUCCUAGCUCUGUCACCCCAAAAUUGUGCAAAAUAGUGGCUUUGCAAACAAUUUUACUGAUGAGGGAACAGGAUUGAGAGAUUAAGUUUCUUGUCUGGGAGCUAGGCUUAGCCCGUGGGCUGUCUCCCUCAUGCCCUCCACUGCCUCCCUGACAUCUAACCAGGGCAGGAACAGCAUCAGGAGUACUGCCUCAUGGGGCUCCCAGGCAUGUCCUUGAGGGGGUUUGGGCUGGGGGAGGCUCUGGGCUACAGCAUCAGCGGAGCUCAUCUGCUUGCAGAGAGGACCAGGCCCUCUCAGGUGGCCCCCCUCGGGGCCUCCUGCAGCA